UAUUUCCUGUCUCUAUUUUGAAUAUCAGCUCUGAUGAUUAUUAUAGUUUUCCUUCUCCCCAGGUGGUGUGGUCCGCUAAUCGGAACAAUCCAGUUGAGGAAGAGGCAGUGUUGAAGCUCACUUCUCAAGGCAAACUUAUCCUGAGACACGCUAACGACACUCUCGUUUGAUCCCUAAGCAUGGUAAGCAAAUUCAUUUCAGGGUUAAACUUGAGUGCAGAGGGGAACCUCGUUCUGUUUGACAAAACCAACCACAUGGUUUGGCAAUCAUUCGAUCACCCAACCGAUACUUUGGUUGUUGGUCAAAGGUUAUGGUUAGGGCAGAAACUAAGGGCCAGUGUAUCACCAGAUGAUCCAAGUGAAGGUUUGUAUGCAUUUGCUGUCAUUGCUGGUGAAUUCACGGCUUAUAUGGAUUCGGAUCCUUCCCAAAUCUAUAACAGAAAUUAUUCCUUGGAACCAAAUAAUAAUUCAGUGUUAUUCCAAACCGGAAGAUUUGGGAGUUUCUCGGUGGCAGACUCAGCUAGUUUUAUACAACUGGGAAGCGAUGGCCACUUGAAGGCAUAUGAGUGGAAAGAUUCCAUUGGCAUGUGGCAGGGGACUGAUGUGCUCAACCCUGAUCGAUGUAGUUAUCCAUUGGCAUGUGGAAAUAUAGCUUUUCUCCAGCUUAGGGGAUACUAUUCUCAACCUAUAUAUAGCUUUUCAUUACCCCAGACAACGACAUUACAAGAUUGUCAGGAAGCCUGUUUGAACAACUAUUCUUGCAAAGCUGCUGUAUAUAGUAGGGGUUACUGCUCUUUUCUUUCUCAAGUAUUCUCCAUCAAGAAAAGUGAUCAUGGUGGUGACAAAUUCUCAGAAGCUUUUAUAAAGGUGCAGAAUUCUGCAAUUCCAGAGAGUCCUAAUACAAAUAAUAUUUCUUCACCGAAUUUCACUCCAAGGAAAAACCAGAAUACAAUAGUUAUCGUGGGAUCAAUUCUUGGAGCUAUCUUUUUUGUGUUUCUAAUUUGCAUUCUCAUUUUUCUAAGAUCUAGAAAAGGGUUUCAACAAGAUGAGGAGGAUGAUCUCGACAACGUGUUGGGAACGCCGGUUAGAUUUUCUUACGAAGAUUUGCAGAACGUCACCAAGAAUUUUAGCAACAAGCUUGGUGAAGGCGGAUUUGGAUCUGUUUUUCAUGGAGUCUUACCUUCUGCUUCUGAAGUUGCAGUGAAGAAUCUUUCUGGCUUCGGUCCAGUUAACAAGUCCUUCAUAGCUGAAGUUCAGACAAUUGGAAGCAUUCACCAUUGA